AUGGGCCGGCCAUUCUACGAUGAUCCGGUCGAGAUGUGGUUGUGGUCCUCGAUUGAGCCGACCCGGCAGGUGGUCCGGCUCGCGGCCUCCGUGCCGGCGCCAACCCGGCCCACAACCACCACGGUCACGCUCGCCAGCCUGGAAUCGAUCGGCCUGGGCCGGCCGGGCUGGGCUGGGGCCGACCACCCGCCGUACGGCUACAUGCAGCGGCUCAACAUUUCCAUUCACAUCGACCCGACGGGCGCAGGACAGGGCAGCGGUGUCGGCUCGAGCAUCGGGGACGAGCCGGACGGGGACGACGAGCAGCGGCUGGCCCUCCACAACUACUGGGCGCUGCUGGCAAUUAUUCUGGUAUUCGGUACGGCCGCCGGCAACAUUCUCGUCUGCCUCGCCAUCGUCUGGGAGCGCCGGCUACAGAACGUGACCAACUACUUUCUGAUGUCGCUGGCCAUCACCGACCUGAUGGUGGCCCUGUCGGUGAUGCCGCUCGGGAUCCUGACGCUGGUCAAAGGCCACUUCCCGUUGCAGUCGGAGUACUGUCUGGUGUGGAUCUGCCUGGACGUGCUGUUUUGCACUGCGAGCAUCAUGCACCUGUGCACCAUAUCCGUCGAUCGGUACCUUUCGCUGCGCUACCCGAUGAAGUUUGGACGCAACAAAACCCGGCGCCGGGUCGUCCUGAAGAUCAGCUUCGUGUGGCUGCUAUCGAUCGCGAUGAGUCUGCCCCUCAGUCUGAUGUACUCGAAGAACCACGCGUCGGUGCUCGUGAACGGGACGUGUCAGAUUCCGGAUCCGGUCUACAAGCUGGUCGGGUCCAUCGUCUGCUUCUACAUACCGCUGUGCGUGAUGCUGAUCACCUACACGCUGACCGUGCGUCUGCUGGCGCAGCAGAGUGAAAACCUGGGCGGUGUCGGCAGCGGCGGCGGCUGGUCCAGCGGAUGGCUGGGCCAGGCCCCGGCCUUCGAUCGGCGGAACACCUGGAAGCGGAUCAUCAAGCUGAGCCUACCGUCGGCCCCGAACCAGCACGCGCACUCGGCGGCAUCGACCGACACCGAGCUGUCCACGUUGGACAAUCACGACCUGUGGUUGCUCGAGUCGAGCAUACCCGAGCCGAGCUCCAUUACCAUGACUGCGAUGCAGCGGUUCGGCGAAGAAAUGCUGAAACUUUCCCAGGGCCUGGAGUCGGUGGCACAGCACGGCGAUAGUAACCGAGCGAUAAGCGAACCCCCACGGCCGGUGUCAACCUGCCCACCGACAGGCUCGUUUAGGAAGAAACCACCCCGCAAGGGUUCGCCGGAGGAAAGCGCACCGGCGACGACGAGGACGCAGGCGGCGCUGGCGAAGAAGCGACGCAGCUCGACGUCGGCCUGGCUCCACCGGCGGAACUCGGGCACUCCGCCGCCGGUGCGCCUGGCCCGGAAGCGCUUCAAGAGCCUCCCGCACGCCAUACCGCCCCCGGAAGCGGACGACGACAUCGAGGUGGACGAGCGGUUCGUGCAGGAGCUGCUAACGGCGGGGAUGCGUGACGACACCACCGGCCACUGCCGCCGUUCCGCGGCCGACGAGGGCUCGCUGGACCGACCGGCGGACGACGCGGACGGUGACAGCGAGGGUGCGCCCGGUGACGGUGGUCCGGCCACCGGCCUGCGGCUACCGCCGCCCUGCAAGUGUCCGUUCUUCGGUGAGGGCGCCACCAACCGGCAGCAGUACCUGCGGCCGGCGGAAAUUAAAAUCGUCAAGACGACGUCCGACUACAGCGCGGCGGUGGCCGGCGGCGACAGCCUCGUCUACAGCACCAUCUCCAUCUCGUCCGGCUCGAACGUGGCGUCGCAGGCGGUCUCGCGCUCCAUCUCCAGCAGCCUGUCGACGCUGCCGGCCUCGGCCCUGGUGUCGCACAGCCGGAAGUGUAGCGGCGGUGGAGGCAGCAUGGCGAAGGGCAUGUCGGUGGUGACGUGGGACCAGCGGCGCCACCAGCGGCGCGGUUCCAGCUUCGGCGGGGCACGCACCUCGCUGCUGCUGACCCCGACGAAGGCGAGCGCCUCGAGCGUCUCGCUGCGGCGCUCCAUAAACCUGCGUCACUCGCAGGGCGUUGGCGGUAGUGGCAGCGUCAGCAAUGGCGGCACCGACGCCACCAGCGUCCCAUUGCGCUGUGGGCCGCCCAAGAAAAACAGUUCCUCGCCCUGCCUAAUCCAACACCAGACAGGCGGGCUGGGCGGCUCGGUGGCCGGGGGACCGGUGAGCACGGUCCGGGCGCACCACUCGCGCAACUCCAGCAUGAUCUCGCGCAACUCGUCGCGCCACGGGCGCAUAAUCCGGCUCGAGCAGAAGGCGACCAAGGUCCUGGGCGUGGUGUUCUUCACGUUCGUCGUCCUGUGGGCCCCGUUCUUCGUGCUCAACCUGCUGCCGAGCGUGUGCGCCGACUGCGAGGCCAACAUCGACCAGUGGGUGUUCGAGUUCGUCACCUGGCUCGGCUACGCCAGCAGCCUGGUCAACCCGAUCUUCUACACCAUCUUCAACAAGGCGUUCCGGGACGCGUUCCGGAAGGUGCUGCUGUGCCGGUACGGGUUGAAGGCGCGCUCCUGGCAGCCGGCCAGCUAGCAGCACACGGUCGCGUCCCGGCUGGCCAGCAGCGAACCGCUCUAGCGCCGCGCCGCCCGCCCUUCAGCCAACUCCAGCCAGCCCCAAAGGACGACGCUCGGGCGUGUAGGGUAGCGUUUUGAUACUUCCUGGACCUGCGGGCUCCUCCCCGGACGUGGUAGAUGUAACAGGACG